AUGGCUUCUUGCAUUUCUCAUGAAAAUGAUGGUGUGCGAGAAUUUCUAGCUGAAGUUUCAAGCCUUGGGAGACUGAAACAAAGGAAUUUGGUGGGGUUGAGAGGUUGGUGCAAGAAAGAUGUUGAGAGUUUCUUAUUAGUCUAUGACUACAUGGAAAAGGGUAGCUUAGACAAGAGGGUGUUUGAUUGUGAUGAGAGCAAGAUGUUAAGUUAUGAAGAUAGGAUAAGGAUUGUGAAAGAUGUGGCUUUUGCAGUUUUGUACUUGCAUGAGGGGUGGGAAGCUAAGGUUGUGCAUAGGGACAUCAAGAUCAAUAAUGUUUUACUUGAUAAAGAUAUGAAUGGAAGGCUUGGGGAUUUUGGGUUAGCCAGAAUGCACAACCACGAUUGGAAAGAAAAAGUAAAAAAAUGUGGAGGGUUACCGUUGGGGAGUUCACUGUUCUCAAGGGUUGAUAAGAAAGAGUGGGAGUUUAUAAGAGACAAUGAGAUUUGGAAUUUAAGACAAAAUGAAAAAGGCAUUUUGUCUACUCUUAAAUUAAGUUACGAUCAACUACCUUCGUAUUUAAAACCAUGUUUUGCUUCUUUCACACUUUUUCCUGUGGACACUAAUACUUAUGGUUCUGGAGUUACUAAGGUGUGGGAAGCUCUUGGUUUUCUUCCACCACCAAAGGAAUAUGAAUCAAUGGUUACUGUUGACAAGCAAAUUUUGCAUGAGCUAUGUUUACCUCGCUGCAUCGAAAAGUUGAAACAUUUCAGAUAUCUCAGUCUUACGGGUUGUGAAAAUCUUGAGGAACUCCCUGAUUCAAUAUGCAAACUUCAAAAUUUGCAGACUUUGAACGUCAAUCGAUGCAUAAAGCUACAAAAAUUACCCAAAGGAAUAGGAAAUCUAAUAUACCUUCGUCACCUGACUAUAACCACCAGACAACCUGAUUUUCCUGAAAAAGAGAUUGCAAAUUUGACUUCUUUAGAAAUUUUACAUUUUCUUAAUUGUGAUAACGCGGAGACAUUGUUCACAGGGAUACAACUUCCUAAUCUUAAAAAUUUGUUUUUGAUUGAAUAUGGGAAUCUGAAGUUAGUGUCAUUUCAUGCCAUUAGAAAUGUAGAGGUUUUGAGGAUCACAAAGUGUUGUAAGUUGGAAUUGUGGAUGGGCCUUAACAGUCAAAUCCCGGAUUUUUCUUGUUCUUUUUUAUUUAGCACAGUUGAUCACUUUGCCUCAGUGGUUGGAAGGAUCUGUGAACACCUUACAUACCUUAGUCUUUCUCACCCCU